AUGGAUUCGCAGCAGUUUAGAGAGGCGGCGAUGUCGGCCAUUGAUGAGAUCAUUCAAUACUACGACAAUAUCCACGAGCGAAGAGUGGUGUCAAAUGUUGAGCCUGGAUAUUUGAAGAAAAUUCUUCCCGAUGGUCCACCCCAAGAAGGUGAAUCGUGGGCGGAUAUCCAGAAAGAUAUCGAAACAAAAAUCAUGCCUGGUUUGACACAUUGGCAAUCGCCCAAUUUCAUGGCUUUCUUCCCCGCAUCUUCUACCUAUCCAGGAAUGCUCGGCGAGCUGUACUCAGCAGCCUUCACGGCCCCUGCUUUCAACUGGAUUUGUUCUCCCGCAGUGACGGAAUUGGAGACGGUUGUAUUGGACUGGCUGGCCAAGCUCCUAAAUCUACCCGACUGUUAUCUGUCCUCUACUCACGGAGGUGGGGUCAUCCAAGGAUCGGCCUCCGAGGCAAUUGUGACCGUAAUGGUUGCUGCACGAGACAAGUACCUUCGUGAAACCACUGCAGGCCUGUCUGGGAUCGAACUCGAAGAUGCAAUUGCAUACAAGAGGAGUAAGCUCGUUGCACUAGGAAGCGAAUUGGCACACAGCUCUACGCAGAAAGCAGCGCAGAUUGCUGGCGUUCGAUACCGAUCUGUUCCAGUACUUGGUACUAAUGAUUUUGGCAUGACUGGUGAUGAUCUAGAAAAAAUAUUAAAAGAAUGCAAAUCUCAAGGAUUGGAGCCAUUUUAUCUCACUACGACGCUAGGAACCACUGCUACAUGCGCAGUUGACGAUUUCGAAUCCAUCGCAAAAUUACUCUCGAGAUAUGCCCCUCCAGAUGUUCCCGGCGAGAUCUGGGUUCACGUUGAUGCUGCUUACGCGGGUGCGGCUUUGGUUUGCCCUGAAUACCAUCAUUUAACUUCGUCUUUCCAGCAUUUUCAUUCAUUCGAUAUGAAUAUGCACAAAUGGCUGCUCACAAACUUCGAUGCAUCAUGUCUCUAUGUCAAGAAACGUAAAGAUCUGAUAGAUGCUUUAUCAAUAACACCUAGUUACCUUCGCAAUGAAUUUUCGGAGAGUGGACUAGUCACCGAUUAUCGAGAUUGGCAGAUUCCUCUCGGAAGGAGAUUCAGAAGCUUGAAGAUUUGGUUCGUGCUAAGAACAUAUGGAGUACGGGGAUUACAAGAGCAUAUCAGAAGCCAUGUGAAACUUGGAGAACUGUUUGCUAGUCUGCUCAAAACCAGGAAAGAUCUGUUUAAUAUCAUUACUGGGCCUAACUUCGCGCUCACAGUUCUUAAUAUUGUUCCUAAAUCAGCGGGGAUCGAUGCACAGAAUAGUAUUACGAAAGGAGUGUAUGAGCUUAUCAACAACAGAGGCGAAAUUUAUCUAACAUCUGGUGUGGUGGGAGGCAACUAUGCCAUCCGGGUUGUGAGUGCGAAUCCCAAGGCCGAAGAAAAGUAUCUUCGCAGAGCUUUCGAGAUCUUGGUGAACACGACCGAAGAGCUUAGAGAUGGGAAAGCUAGAACGGAAAAAGUGAACGGUGUCGUUAUAAAUGGCAAGGGGGAAGGAGUUGGCGAAGUGGCUGUCGUUAAUGGGAACGGGCUUGCCAAUUAG